CACACACACACACACACACACACACACACACACACACACACACACACACACACACACACAAGCUCCGGGACCUGCACGAGAGAACUACCUGUCCUGUGCUCUUGGUUGGAUGUUUUGGAGGAACAGUGCGUUUUGCAGAAGAAGAGUGGGGGGAUUAUUAUGUGGCUCAGUUUUGAAGGGGUGUUGUGUGGAAGUAAAAUCAAGGAUGUUCAGCAGGAGACCAGAGCUAAACAGUGGCACGCUGAGAUGUGGGCAGAGCUGAGCUCACCUCUCUGGGAAGUGACAGAAAGCCCUUUUUUCUUGUUGCAACUUCUUCUCAGCAGCGCAAGAGGAUCAGACACUAGCAAGUGUAUUUUAUAGAUGGGACCAUGGUUAUGUUGAAGAUCUCUGCUUUCCUCGUUGCCUACGCCCUGGUUAUUUGCCAGAUGUACUGCUCACAAGCCGCCCCUGCCAGACCGGGUUUAGAGUCCAUGUCAGACCGAGUCACGCUCACGGACUACGAGGCGCGAAGGUUACUCAACGCCAUUGUCAAGGAGUUUGUGCAGAUGACAGCGGAGGAGCUGGAACAGCAGGCAACUGAAGGAAACAGCAUGGACAGGCCCAUAACCAAGCGCUGCUCCAACCUCAGCACCUGUGUGCUGGGCAAACUGUCUCAGGAGCUGCACAAGUUGCAGACGUUCCCUCGCACGAACGUGGGAGCAGGAACGCCCGGGAAGAAGCGCAGUGCGCCUGAGACCGACAGCUAUGCAAGCUACGGCGAGACGUUUGACAGCAUCUAACCUCCUCCUCAUCCUCCCUCAAACCCUUUUACCUUUACUGCAUCUCUUCUUCCUCCUCUACCUUUCUGUUUCUUUCCUCUUUCCUCCUGUCCUGUCCUCUUCCUCUCCCUGUUUCUUUCUUAUUGUUUUUGGAUUGACAAGUGCAUGUUGAUUUUACCUGCCUGAUUGACAUGAGAAGAAUAUGACCUUUAACUGCAACCAACUUUUCAGUUCUCCCCCCCUUUUUUUUUUUUUUUGGCAGAGAAUGAUUUGCCCCUAUGAUUUCAGACAAUCGGACUUAGUUUUCAUUAAUGUAAUUCAGGAGCCGAUUCAGCCAUCCAUCUCUGUGUACUGUGCGUGGAGUCAUUUGAUGGCAUCGAAGCCCUUGAAAUUUAAGGGUUGAGCGAGAUCACUUAAUUGAACCAUUAAUAAAUGAUCCACUCAUGCGACACCAUGUUUCUUGUUCAAUAAACGUAUUUUUCUACCAGGAA